AUCAAAACGAAAGUAAAACUAUACAACAUAUCUCGGAACUCCAAGGCCAGGCAACAUGGGUAACCGUACCCAGGACGGUGGUCUCCUGCAGCAGAACUGUCGCCCGGAGUGGCCACCGUGGACCUGUGUGGCUGCCAACGUCUGUGGCCUCUGCAGCACCACCUUGUGGUUCCUUGUUCUGCUUCCUCAGGUCUGGAAGAAUUUCCGUCGGAAAUCCGUCGUCGGUUUAAGCAUCCUAUGGGCCACUGCCAAUUUCACAGCCUCCCUGGUGAACUUGUGCUUCGUCUACGGGUAUGCUAAGAUACCGCUUUACGGAAGAAUUAACUCGGUCUACAUGCCUAUUCUGGAGUUUACGAUUCUGGUCCAGUUUUGGAUUUACGGGGACCAUUACAAUAAGAGACACAAAAUAGCUUACCUGAUAUUUUGUGUGUGUAUGUGGACGACCCUUCUGUCUCUUAAUCUGGGACUCAAACUUUUCCCUUACAUUCAAUGGGUAGCUAUAGGACUGUGGUGUGUUGAAACGUUUCCACAGGUUUUCCUCAACUUCAAGCUAAGAUCAACAAUGGGACAAUCUACCCGCUCUGUAAUCAUAGCAUCCAUUGGCAAAAUGACGGACUUUCUAUCAACAUACGGGUUACUGAUGCCCAUUCAAUACGUCGUCAUGAUCUACUUCUCCAGUAGCGUCAAUUACGUUAACGUCAUUCAGGUUGUCUGGUUUCACGGCAGAAAACCGAACUUCAGUCGCGAUGAACCCCCGGAAACUGUUCAGUAUAAUGAGUUCCGAGAUGGCGAGGCCGAUGAAAGCAGCACUGCAGAAACAAAUUUAUUAUGUUCUUCGAAUUCAGGACAACCUAGCCUCGAUUUCAAAACGAAGCGAACAAUUCAAUAUUCUCUAAUAACAUUGUUUACCUGUUUCUUGGGACUUUUUGCGUACGGCAUCGUGUGGGCCACUGAUUCCUAUUACGCAAUAUUUGCUCCCUGCACGCUUGUUGCUGUCACAGUGUUUGCUUUCUUGUUGUAUAAUCGUGCAUGGCCUUCUGAUUCAGUGGUCUAGUCUCAAUUUUUAAGUAAUAAAAUUAUGAAUA